AUGGACUACGUUACACAUCUUCCCAAGGAAAAUCCCUCAAUUGCGACCACGUCAACUUACAAUUUGAAAUACACCUAUCCAGUUAAGUACUAUGAUUUUCAUAUAUACUAUUUUGCUCACAACCAAAACUCAUUAAAAGAGUCAGAAGCAUUACGAGAGAAGCUACUUGCUGAUUUCCCUGAAGAUGCCGCCAAUGGAUCCAUUUUGGUCAAAAAAUUGCCCAAUGACAAAGUGAUUGGACCACAUCCGACUCAAUUUUGGGAAGCUGAUGUAUUGAGACCCGAAGUAUUUAUCAAGGUCUUGAGUUGGUUUCAGUUGCAUCACGGCAACUUGUCGGUACUAAUUCAUCCACAGACUGGCGAUGAUUUGAAAGAUCAUUUUGAUCAUGCAUUAUGGUUAGGCGAUAAAUUACCAUUGUUCGAUGUAUUUGGUCCUCGUGAAGGUGUUAUUCCAGAAUUUGGUGUCAAGGGAGGUAAACGAAUCAAAGUAGAUGAUUUCGAUAAUCAUAAAACAGUAUUGUGA